AUGACGCGCUCGCCGACCCGGGCCUUCUCCCAGCGUUAUUCUUCGGGACCUUUCACGGACCUUGAAACUCAGGCUGUUCUCCCUGGAAUUGAGAUCAAUGAUUGUGGGUACAAGAUAGGCCUAAAUGUUGUAGAUAGUGGUGCCCUGAGAUUCUAUUCAGUUAGGAUACCUCGUGACAACCUUCUGAACCGAUUCGGUGAUGUGGCGCGAGAUGGAAAAUACAUAAGCAGUCUCCCCACGAUUAACAGAAGAUUUGCAGCAACCCUCGUGACCAUUGCUGUUAGAUAUGCUUUACUGCGUCAACAGUUUGGUCUACCUAAGGAGUCUGAAAUCAGUGUGAUGGAUUACCAAUCGCACCAGCAUAAACUAAUGCCUAUGUUGGCAUCAGCGUAUGCAUUUCAUUUUUCCAGAGCGUAUUUGGUAGAUAUGUACUCGGAAAUGAAGAAAACCAAUGACGAGGAUGUUACGGAUGAUGUCCAUGUACUUUCAUCUGGGUUGAAAUCCUACAUAACUUCAUACACAGCAAAAUCUAUCCGCAUAUGCCGAGAAUCGUGUGGUGUCCAUGGGUAUCCUGCUGUAAAUCAUUUUGGUGGUCUGUGGAAUGAUCAUGAUAUAUUUCAAACAUUUGAAGGAGACAACAUAGUUCGCUGCAGCAGGUUGCUGGAGAUCUCCUGA